AAAACGACACUCCAGUGAUGCAGCGUCACUGCGAGGGCCAAACCGACCGGACUUCAUUCCUGAAAUCAGAAGAGUUGCGUGGCGUGGCGCAAUCGAACAAACAGUUGACUACCUGUCUGGCUCCAGAGAUAGCUGCAUUACGCAUAUAGGGCCCUAAAGUUCUUCCUGCUCACAGCCGGAGCAGUCGACUUCAUUACUGUAGAAUGUCGCUGUGGCACAAUGGUCACCUUACAUUGAAGAACAACGGUUGAUAUCUGUGGACAUCAGAAUUCAACAGUUCAUUCAUCCAGCGAUCCUAACUAAGUCAUCUUUACCAAUGUGUGUUAUAAGAGGAAAGAGAACCAGACAGAGGAAAUCAUCUUGACAUCGGUAACCUUGACUUGUUCUCAAGACCAACCAUGAGGGACAGACUGAGCCACCUGCAGGAAGUGUCCACCGGCCAUGUGGAGCAGAUGGAGUAUGCCGACUCCACUGGCUCCGACACCUUCAGCAACGUUGACCUGGAGAUGGAGUUGCCCCAUGAGGCAGUGGUGUUUGAGGACAACAGCCCUGCUCUGGAGGAUGUUUUUUCCAAGUCCCAGGAUAUCCACAGAGAGAUCCAGCUCAUCCGUGUUGAGAUUAAAAGGCUUCGUGAGCAGAAUUCUCGCAUGGUCCAGGGUGUCACCACCAUGAGCACUAUCAAAAGGGACUCCAACGCUAUUGGUGCUGAUAUAAAAGCACGGGCUGAGGGUGUGCUGGCACGCCUGCGGGACAUGGACGCCGAAGCCCACAAGCUAGAAGAAGAAUAUGGCUCCAAUUCUGCCAUCACACGUAUUGCCAGAACCCAAUAUGCUUGCCUCAGCAAUGGUUUCCGCGAUACCAUGUUUGACUAUAACGAGGCUGAGAUGAGCCAUCGGGAGAACUGUAAGGCCCAAAUCCAGAGGCAAAUGGAGAUAGUGGGACGUGAGGUGACAGGAGAGGAGGUGGAGGAGAUGAUUGAGAAAGGUCAGUGGAACAUCUUUAAUGACAACAUAAUGGCUGAAGGUAAAACGGCUCGAUCAGCUCUGUCGCAGAUUGAGAAACGUCACCAGGAGUUGAUUGAUCUGGAGACCCGUAUCAAUGGCAUCCAUGAGAUUUUCCUGGAUAUUGCCCUGCUGGUGGAGGAGCAAGGCCCCAUGCUGACCACCAUCCAAACCAACGUUCAGAAAACCGAUGAAGGCAUAAAGGAGGCCCUUUUCAAACUUGGCAAAGCCAAACGUCACGACAAGAACAACCCUUUUAAAAAGAUGUUCUGCAGCUGUUUCCCAUGUGUGGACUAAUGACUGUACAGUACAGAGAUUAGCAGCGGGAUGGCAAAAUAUGCAGUUGCUGUCUCCAGACAGGGACAUUUAAAACUGCUAUUGUUCGUAUUGUCACAAAGUCUUUAUCAACAUGGUCUAUGGAGCUAUAGAUAAUAAUAAUACAAUUUCCAGGAUGUAAAUCAAAGAAGUUAAAACUUUUUUUGUCUAGAUGAGAGACAAAAAUGCUUGAGUAAAAUAUUUUACAAUGAUGUCUGUUAUAUUUGUGUGAAAGAUUUUAAACUGGGAUCUCAAAUCUGAAUUAAUUCCCCCAUGACUCAGGUGUACUGCAGAACUGAAGCAUAUGGUAUUAAUUGGCAUUCAUGUUGUGUCAUUGAAAAAAAAAUGUAAUGUGCAAUUUUUAGGCAUGCUGCUUGACACGAUGCUUCCGGAUGCAGUAACCAGCACUAAUAGUGAAGCCCGAAGAAGCAUUAUGAUAUGCAAGUUGUUCUCAUAUUUACCAUCUCUUUUGAAGACACCAGUAACUGAAAAGUGAUGGGAGUUUAAAUAGGAUUUAUUAACAGUCUUACUGUUAGGCAGGGAUCACCCAAAUUAUGUUUUGUGAUGUACCCUAAUCUGUUAUUUUCACUGCUAUUUUAUUGAAUAAUUGGCUGAUAAUACCUUUCUUCUGUGGUGUCAUGUAUGUUACAUAAACAGUUAUAUUAAAAUCGGAGUGAGUCUGUC